AUGGGCUCCCAGCAGCAAACGCCCAUCCUUAGGGUUGGCAUCAUCGGGUGCGGCGAGAUCACUCAGGUAGCCCACAUCCCCAACCUCAACUUCCUUUCUCAUCGCUACCAAACCACCUACCUCUGCGAUAUCUCACAACAAGCUCUAGAGCACUGCGCCCGAAAGGUGCAGGGAGGAACGCCCAAGACAACGGCUGAUGCAGCAGAACUCUGCUCCUCGCCAGACGUCGAUGUGGUAGUCAUUGCCAACGCUGAUGCGUACCAUGUCGAGCAUGGCCUCUUGGCGCUCAAGAACGACAAGUACACCCUCAUCGAGAAGCCCGCCUCCGUCUGUUUCCGAGACUUAGAUCGCCUGGUCGAAGCCGAGAAGAAGUCUAAGGGAAAGGUCAUGGUUGGUACCAUGCGGCGUUUCGCAACUGCAUUUACCGAUGCGGUGAAGGAAGUUGGCGGCAUGGAGAAGAUCCAGUACGCAAGAGUCAGAGACAUUAUCGGACCCAACUCAACAUUUGUCGACCAGUCCGGCACGUUCCCGCUAAAGUUCAGCGACUACAGCGAUGCAGACACUAAGGACAGGCUGAAGCGGGAGGCGGACAUCUCUGAGCAGGCUCUGGCGAAAGAGUUUGGAGUUCCCGUUACCCCUGGUUCUCAACUGAUGCUACGACUUCUAGGAGGACUCGGAACCCAUGAUCUUUCAGCCAUGAGAGAAAUCAUCGGUAUGCCGAAGAGUGUUGCAGGAGCUUGUCUUACCUUCCCUGGCAUCUUCAGCGUCCUCUUCAAGUACGACGACUUCCCUGUCACUUAUGAGUCAGGUUUCAGCAAAGUCCCGCAAUUUGACGCACACAUUGAGGUGUACUCUCCCGAGAAGAUUGUUCGCGUUGACUUCGACACACCAUACGUCAAGGGUCUACCAGUCACGAUGACCAUUAGAGAAAUGAUCGGGAAUGAUGGCUUCCAAGAGCGCAAAGUCAGGAAGACAUACCAGGAUCCUUACACCAAUGAGUUCCUCGAGUUGUAUGACUGCGUUGUCAACGGGAAGGCUCCGAAGACGAGUGCAUUAGAUGCGAGGAAUGACAUCGAACUGUUCAAGAUGAUCCUUCGAGCAGACUCCAGCAGAUAUCAGUAG